AUGGGCCGCGACCUCUACGAGGUGCUGGGCGUGCCCCGGGGCAGCGACGCGCGGACCAUCAAGCGCGGCUUCCGGGAAGCCGCGCGGAAGUACCACCCGGACGUCAACUCGGAGCCCGACGCGGCGGACGUCUACAAGGAGAUCUCCCAGGCCUACAGCGUGCUGAGCGACCCGGACAAGAAGGCGCGCUACGACCAGUUCGGCGAGGCGGGUUUGGGCGGCGGCGGCGGCGGCCCGGGCGGCGGCGUCGAGGUGAACCUCGAGGACAUCUUCGACUCGUUCUUCGGCGGCGGCGGCGUCGGCGGGUCGCCCUUCGGCGGCGGCGGCGGCGGCUUCGGGCGGGCCCAGCGGACGCGGGGCCCGGCGCAGGGCGACGACCUGCGCGCGGACCUCGAGCUCGACUUCAAGACGGCGUGCUUCGGCGGCCAGGAGAAGGUUCGCAUCACGCACUUGGAGUCCUGCGGCAAGUGCAAGGGCGACGGCAUCGAGCCGGGCGCCAAGGUGACGACCUGCGACACCUGCCGCGGGUCGGGCGUCGUCAUGCAGGUCACGCGGACGCCGCUGGGCAACUUCCAGACGCAGUCCGCGUGCCCGACGUGCCAGGGCACGGGCCAGUCCGUCGAGGCCUACUGCGCCAAGUGCAACGGCCAGGGCGUCGAGCGCAAGGCCAAGCAGGUGAGCGUGACCAUCCCCUGCGGCGUCGACGCGGGCAACCGGCUCCGCGUCGCGGGCGAGGGCGACGCGGGGCCCCGCGGCGGCGCCGCGGGCGACCUCUACAUCUUCCUCGACGUCAAGAAGGACCCGAUCUUCACGCGCGACGGCGUCGACGUCGCGUCGUCCAUGGAGGUCUCCGCCGCCGACGCCGCGCUCGGC